GGCGGCGGCGGCGGCGGCGGGGCGGGGGCGGCCUGGGACGCGGCGGGAGCAUGGAGCCGCGCGCCGGCUGCCGGCUGCCGGUGCGGGUGGAGCAGGUCGUCAACGGCGCGCUGGUGGUCACGGUGAGCUGCGGCGAGCGGAGCUUCGCGGGGAUCCUGCUGGACUGCACGAAAAAGUCCGGCCUCUUUGGCCUACCCCCGUUGGCUCCGCUGCCCCAGGUCGACGAACCCCCUGCCAGCAACAGCCAUGGCCGGGUUCCCCAGGAGGGGGAUGCAGAGGUGAUGCAGCUGGGGUCCAGCUCCCCACCUCCUGCCCGCGGGGUUCAGCCCCCCGAGACCACCGGCCCCGAGCCACCCCCGCCCCUCGUGCCGCCGCUGCCCGCCGGAAGCCUGCCCCCGUACCCGCCGUACUUCGAAGGCGCCCCCUUCCCUCACCCGCUGUGGCUCCGGGACACCUACAAGCUGUGGGUGCCCCAGCCGCCGCCCAGGACCAUCAAGCGCACCCGGCGGCGUCUGUCCCGCAACCGCGACCCGGGGCGCCUCAUCCUCAGCACCAUCCGCCUGCGGCCGCGCCAGGUGCUCUGCGAGAAGUGCAAGAGCACGCUGAGCCCCCCGGAGGCCAGCCCCGGAGCCCCGGCCGCGCCCAGGGCCCGCAGGAGGCUGGGCAGUGGCCCGGACAGGGAGCUCCGCAAGCCGGAGGAGCCGGAGAACAGCGACCCCACGGCUGCGGCCACCGCCAGGAGGAGCAAGAGGGAGAGGCGGGAGGCGGACAGGGCCCCGGCGGAGCAGGUGCCGCGGAGCCCGGUCAUCAAGAUCUCCUACAGCACGCCCCAGGGCAAGGGGGAGGUGGUCAAGAUCCCCUCCCGCGUGCACGGCUCUCUGGAGCCCUUCCGUCCCCAGCAGGCCCCGCAGGACGACGGCAGCCAGGACCCCGAGGUGCCGGACAGAGAGUCCCGGGACCGGCCGUCCUGCGCGCCCUCGGCCUCCAUCCCCAGGCUGAAACUGACGCGGCCUGUGCCGCCCGGCGCGGACCUGCCGCCCCCUAAGAUCCGCCUGAAGCCCCACCGCCUGGGGGACAGCGAGCACGAGCCCGUGUACCGGGCCGAGCUGGUGGAGGAGCUGAACGGGUACCCGCGGGACAGCUCGCCGGCGCCCUGUGCGGACGGCCCUGCCGGUGGGCUGGGGGACUUGUCUUCUGGAAGUUCGGGUGAGGACGAUGACUUCAAGAGCUGUCCCCAGGGUGCACAGGGACGCGAGGGCUUGGCGUUUCUCGUCGGCUGCCCUGAGGGGAGAGCAGACUGCGCCAGUGAGUCGGCGUGCAGCAGCGACAGCCUGGACGAGGCCAGAUCGUCCGGCUCGGAAGGGACGCCGGCGGACACGGGUGACCUCGCGUCUGGCCACGGCGCGCCCGCGCCCCCCGCGUCCAGAGAGGGUCGCCAGACGGUGCCGCCCCUGACGGUCAGGCUGCACACGCAGAGCGUGUCCGAGUGCAUCACGGAGGACGGCAGGACUGUGGCCGUGGGGGACAUCGUCUGGGGAACUGCUGAGAAGGAAGGGAAGAGGGGCUUGAAGCAGAGCAUCCAGCGAGAAACCUGGCCUGGACUGGGAUCCGGGAAGGCUUCCUGGAGGAGGUGGCAGGAGCCAGGAUCUGAAUGGUCACCGACGAUGAGGGCGCACCUGCUGUCCUGGAGCUUCCGAUCUCCGUUCGGGGACCCUGUGAGCCUUCUGGCCGGCUACGUGCAGAGCCCACUGGGCACGGUGGUCGGCCUGGUGUGAGGCCCCCCAGGGACCGGCAGUGUGUCCAGGGAGGGGAUGGCCCUGAGCCCAGCGGCUCCUCCCGCUGAGCGUAUUUCUUCCCGCCACUCAGCCCGUGGCUGCCCUGGCUCACGAGGCAGUCGGGACUCGUGACUUGCUGGCUGCUGCUGCUUCGCAUGCUGGGGUCCCGUGGAGGAACCGGGCCUGCUGCCCCGGCCUCGCCCGCAGCUGGUGUGGGCGGCCGUCUCGCAGGCUCAGCGUGGUCUCCCGCAGGCUUCAGAAAAACCCAAUUGCACGUGUGGGAUCCUUCCCCAGCCCUUGGGUGCGGGGUCUCUGUGCACUUGAGAGCUGGGGGACCCACCCACCGUCUCCCACUCCAAGUUCAUCCCAGAGCGUGGGGCCCGCUGGGCACCUGGCACCCGGCCUGCAAGGCCACCUGUCCCCCAGAUGCUGCUACGAGUGACCAGUGCUGUGUGGAGGAGGCCAAGGGCCGCCCCUGGGAAACCAGGCUUCAGCAGUACGAGGAAAAGAAACUUGCUCUGUUUUGUAACAGCAUGUUCCUUUUCCUCGUUUUUGUCACUUUAAAGACCAAAAAGAAUAAAGAAAGAAAAGAAAAAAAUUAA